AUGAUCUUAAGACUUUUUGGUAGAAUUUUGAUUUCCACUGUAUUGAUUUUGAUAUCAGUUAAAAAUGUUUAUGCAGAUGCUGACAAUUGCAACUCCAGAAAUAUAAACUUUUCAACUCCUGUAGGAAUACUGCCAUACGGAUACAAAGAUCUUGUUAAAAUACCUGCAGGAACCACUUGUUCUUAUAAUUUUUCAAUUCCAUAUGGUUAUGUGCUCGAGCUACAAACGGAUUACUACAUUGCCCAACAAGACCAAAUCGUAGUCACCAACAGCUUGGGUAGUCAAAUAAUUUACAAUGACUACGGAGGACUUGCUGAAAGUUUCUAUUGGUGUACAGCUGGCACCUGUCAAAUUCAGGUGGAAAGUGUUGCUAAAGCGUCAUUCAUGACUUAUUAUUGGUAUAGAUCUUUAUCAGCCUACACGGCCAUCAACAAAAAUACGGGUGAUUAUUUCAAACUUUCCGAUAUAGGGUCUACUCAAUUUCUCAAGUUUUACGGAUCUCAGGUUAUAUUCACACUUGCCCAGAACACACAGACAGAUUCUCUCGAGAAUCUGGGCAACUAUUACGUAUACAACGGCUCCGAUAUUAAGACAUCCGCUCUGAUAGGAACUUUAGACGAAUUGAAGACUAAGAACUUGUAUUGUCCAUUCAACUUCGUUUCAAUCGUCAAUUUUUAUGUUGGAUAUGGCUCGAACGCUUACAUUAUUGCUAAUGAUGCAUCGGCUAUCUCUAACAACUAUUCCUUUGUUGUGACCACACCGGAAACCAUGACGUCACAUGGGUUCUCGGAUUACUGGCCAGAAGAAGCUGCGGUUACAUUUGCAUGCCCUGAAUGCAAUCAGUUUUAUAUUACUCGGUUGAUGUUUGACAUGGUAUUAUCAGCCACCGGAUAUGUUGCAUUUCAAGGGCAAACACCGUCCCAAGGGUAUUUGAAAAGGAUAAUGACGUGGCAAGUGCCACAAUUCUCACAGAAUCAACUGCCACAACUGAUCCCCACUAACAAAUUCACGAUGUACUUUUACAAAGCAAACCUCACAAUUCAGUUGUACAGUGGAAAUAAUUUUGAUGGAUGGGAAAAGCCAUUUGAUGGAAGAAAGGGGUUGAUUACUUCUGCAACUGUUUGGGAUAACUUACUUGACAGCGGAAAUUUUUCUUAUACCUUUGGUAUGGCUGAUCAACUCUUCCAAUUCCAUCUGAACAUGAGCAAUAUGGAUUUUGGUGGGGCGCCGACAGACAGGGUUAAUCUUCUGAUAGGAAUGACGAAUGGAGAUAGCUCAGUGAACUAUAGCUACCCUGGAGCCAAUGUAACUAAUGUCACAUCCAUUGGAAAUUACAUGUCUAUUUCUUCCAACUUCUCAAUGUUCACUAAAACAGUGGUGCCAUUUGAAAUACAACAAAUAACAGUGACUACUACAACUGCUACUACAAUGGAAGCAACUACAACAUCAACUGCUAACCCGAGUUCCAGCACCACUAUUACCUCGGCCGCCACGACUACUGCUACAACUUCUACACCUACAGUAACCACUCAAAGUACAUCAACAUCUUCUACCACUAUACCAACCACAACUAGUGGUGGAGGCUCUUGGAAAUUUGUGAUAUGUUUUAUUACUGAAGAUUACUGUCCCGAUGGAUGGAAUGUGUUAAGAAAAGCAGAUGAUACCCCACAGACUUGCGAUGCGAUGGGUGGAGUGAAAUGUCAGAAGCCGUUUUCAUGUGUUCAUUCGAGAUGUGGGAUGGAUUUCUGUUGUGCCCAUACUUACAAAAUCGAACAGUGGAAACGUCAACAAGAAAUUGAAGCCGAUAUAAAGGAGGCAGAGUUGGAGGACGAGGAGCUAUGA